UCUGGCGCCCGAGGUUCUGGGUGACUAGUGCUCUUGUACGCGCGCGCAGUUCGUUGCUAUCGAUACCUGUGGCAGCUGAUCAGUCUGUUUACCCGUGUCUACUGAGUAGAAAGAGAGCAGAGUGUAGCGAGGGUUUUCUCCGCCAGGAUGAUAGUGGGAUAGCGGCAACGUACGUUUCGUCCGUCGUCAGUUUACUUACCUGGAAGAAGCCGAGUCGCGUGACAAGAGUGACGAUGAAACAGCCGGACGUCGAGAAACAGGAAGAGAAUGGCGCGCGGGACGACGGGAAGUCAUCCUCGCAGCGGCACCAUCGGCAUCCUUCCAAGAAGAAGAUAAUGGAUAGGAAGGAGACGAAGAAGAAAACAUACGUAUCGCUCAUCAUCAAAUACUUCAUGUUCUUCAGCAACUUCAUAUUCUUGGUGUUUGGGGGCUUCUUCUCUGGCAUCGGCUUGUACGCGUUCGCCGACAAAGGCAAGGCGAUCGGCGACGCGCUGGACGUGCUUCUAGAUCCGGCCAUCCCGAUGAUGAUCGCUGGUGCCAUCAUGUUCAUCGUGUCCUUCCUCGGCUGCAUGGGCUCACUGCGGGAGAACGUCUGCUUGCUCAAAUCCUACGCCUACAUCAUGAUCUUCAUCUUUCUGUCGACGGUCAUGCUCGGCGCGCUCAUCUUCAUCCUGUUCUUCUCGGACGCACGCAGCUCGAGCCUGACGCCGGACAACCUGCUGCGCAAGGCCAUCGUCAAGUAUCGCGACGAUGAGGACCUGCAGGAUCUCAUCGAUGCCAUGCAGACCAAGUUCCAGUGCUGUGGCGUGGGUCCGAACGGGUUCCGGGAUUGGAAUAUCAACCCAUAUUUCAACUGCUCCGGUGUAAACCUAAGCGUAGAAAAAUGCGGAGUGCCGUACUCUUGCUGUCGACAUAAAGAGAAUGAAAUGAUAAACGUGAUGUGUGGGUUUCACACUACAGACAGACUAGAGCUCGAGGUGCGAGAUAAGAUAUACACGGAUGGUUGCUACCCUGUGAUAAUGCAGUGGAUGGAAUCCAAUGCUCUCAUAUUUGGAGGAUGUGCAUUUGGCAUCAUCAUUCCUAUGCUUCUCGGCAUAUUUCUGUCACUUCGCCUCGUAACGCAAAUUCAGGACCAGCGAGCAAGGUGGAAAUACAGAUAGAAGUUCGCCACCAGGGUGCGCCAAACUACAGCAUCUGCUCGCGACACUGGGCAGGGCGAAUGUAUCGCUCUUGAUGUCUUCAGUGUGUUUAUGCUAUAUUCGUAGCUGCUUAUACAGACACUGCUUAUUCAUAGGUGAGCGUCUCUUGGCGCUUCUUGAUAAGUAGGUGUUUAUGCUCAUAAAUAUCACUCGCUCUUUUGGUUUAGACAUCCCGGGCACUAUUGCGUUUAGCGCAGCUGAACGUGAUGUGCCGAAGAGCGCAGAGAGAACAGUUGUAAAACCUUGCGUACGUUCUCGCGAGGUGGCGCAAUCUGUUUAAAUUUUCAACGUGCACAUGUAUGUACACAUAUUAUCAUAGACCGCUAAGCGUGCGCGAGGACGAAGAGGAAAAGCAAAAGCUGUGAUAAUAAGCAUUACAAUUCAUUGGCUGUGCAAAAUUUGAUGUCCCCUGAAAAAGAGAGAACCCCUGUCAAUGAUAUUAUGACAAAUAAUAAUGCGUGUAGAUCCUUAGCAGUAGUUGACUUGUGUGUAGCACAGAAUAAUCUGAUUCAUAAUAGCACGUGCUGUUAAUCUUUUGAACCUUCCUGGCUGACUGCGGCUCGUAAUUCGUUUAGCUAGCAAUGAUUUUGGUUUAUAUGUGCUCUAAUAACUAUGCCUUUCUUAAAAAAUGUACUCCCCUCGUUAAUGUUAGAAAUUCGCUCUCUUCUCGGCAGCACAUGAUCAGCUACUUUAUUUUAGUUUAGUUAGAAUUUUAUUUUACAUUAUUUUAGGCUUAUUUUACGCUAUUCGGGAGCUUUUUUAUCCGUAUACGCUUGAAUGCUUAAAUUUGUUUCGCUUUUUAUUUGGUUUUAUUUGUAGCAAGCCAGUCUGUGAAACUAUUGUGAUAAAAAUUAGAAUCAUAUGAAAGUUGAAUCAUAUAGCUAGAGCAUGGUUAAUAUGAUAACGUCAGUAGCACAUAAACAAUGCAUGUGCUCUUGGUAACGUCAGUAAAAAAUAAAUUCUAUACGGGCUCAUUUUUGCACGCGUGAAUUUGGCGUAAUAUCGUUGUAUAUGUGUGCGUAGAUACAUAGUAGCACCUAUUUAAUUCGGAUAAACUGGUAAAAAUGGUCUCAAAUGAAGCGACGAUGUUUUACCAAGUUUUCAGCGUUGUCUUUCAUGUGCUAUAGCCAGUAAUGCUAGUGUACAAUAUUGUUCGUGUGGUGUUAUGUAGCCUAUUCGAGUUUUGCGCAUGAAGUAACCAGACUGCAUCGCGCGUUUGCUCUCUAGCCAUUCAGCUGGUGCAGAAUUUUUCUAUAUCACUGUAUGAGACGAGAUAUUUCUGGAGAAAAACAAUAAAACUGAAGUUGAAUGCCACAUGCAACGAAUCGUCUACGUGUAGGACGUGACAAGGCAACAUCAGUUAACGUUAUCACGCUUCUGCUCAAUGUUUACUGGCAUACUGCAAAUCUUUUAAUGAGUGAAAUCUCACUAUAAAAGUACCUUAUAUAUCUGUAUCUCGACGACCAAACUUGUCACUAAUGGAUGUAUAGUUGUCAUGCAUCCCUACAUGUGCGGUUUAGUCAUUGCUUAGCUAAGUAAAUUUUGCUGUUCUAGUGAUAUUUGAUUGUAUAUAACGUGUAAAUAAUAAAUGUCAUUUAUCACUCGGUUGUAUGUAGGCAUCAGUAAAAUAAAGAUAUAUAAUAAUGAAACAUU